CUGAUGAUACAUUUACUUGGCGUUAUUGGCAAAAGUUGCAAUUUAUUGCAAAAUUUAUUGCUAAACCUGCAAAAUCAGAAAAGCCACCAAAAAGUGUUAAUAAAAUGAAAUUAGGCCGAAUAAUAAAAGACAAAAUUUUUCUUACCGCCGAGAAAGAUGAGGCUCUUAUAUCUGCUUGCAAGGAUCGUCCUAUUCUUUGGGAUCGUUCUCAUCCUGAUUACAAAAAUGUUCUUCAAAGAGCCUAUGCCUUUGAUGAAGUGGCUAAAAUACUUUCUGAUGAUCAUCAUAAAUAUUCUAGAGUAAAAGUAGGGUUUAUUUGGCGAAGUUUGCUUUCCACUUUCUAUUUGCAAUUUCUUGCUAAUAACGGGCAAGUAAAUAACAAAAUUGAAGGGCAACCUACUAGUACUGGAACCGAAAAAUCAAAAUCAUCUCAAGAAGAUUUUCGCAAAGGCAGUCAAGACUACGUUUUGUUUACUUCCGAUCAAAAAGAAGCUUUUAUUGAUGCUAUUCGGGAACGUCAAAUUAUUUGGGGUUUUAUGCCACGUACCUUCGAAGAGUUUCAAGAAAGGAGAGCUGCCUAUAAUGAAGUCGCUGAAAUUCUUUCCGACAAUAAAUCAAAAUAUACAGGGCCAGAAAUGCAAUAUUUAUGGCAUAAUUUGCGUAGUUCAUUUCAACAUAUGUUGAAAAAGGUUAUUGCAAAUGAAGGAGAUGAUAGUAAAAUUACUUGGAUUUAUUGGAAAAAGUUAAAAUUUAUUGAAGAAUAUGAGCGUACAAAAAUAAAUAUAAGAAUACCACAGCAAGCGUCGUCUCUUAAUUCAAAAAAAGCGGGCGAAGAAGAAGAGGAGGAAGAACAAAUAAACGAGCCGUCUACGAGUGAUAACUAUCAUCAUGCUUCUCAAAAGGAAAAAGAUUUUGUCAACAAUUUGAAUUCUAUGACUGUUGAUUUGUCUAAUUUUGCCAUCUUUCCUGAUGAGGUUGAAAAGGGUAUUAAAAAGUUGGAUGGCCAUGUCCAUGUUAAAACAAGAAGUUCAACAUGUAAUAAUGAUAAUAUUUUGUCAAUUAAUGCUAGUUCAACUUUGACCAAUUCAAAUAACUCGACAAACAGCCAAAUUGAUGAAUGGAAGAAAAAAUCUCGUUAUUUUACAAAUUGUGCACAUACGGAUACUUGUGAUCCUUUUGGUUUAUUUGAAGCAAAUGAAGAAAAUAUUUGUUUUAGCUGUUUGGAGAUUAGAGCUGAUUUAAGACAAAAGGCCAUUUUAAUGUGGGACGGUGAACAAUUGGAACAACAACUUUGUGAUUAUGCAUAUUUCCAUGCCAUUAAAAUAUUUAACCCUAAUGCUGAAUAUCAAUUUGCUAAUUCAAAAUCUCAACAUCCUUAUUUUCUUUCUUAUAAAAAUAUUAGACAACAAGUAAAAAUUAUUCUUAAAAAUUUGUCUUCUUUAUUUAAUUUCCCUUCUGAAAUGACAAAUGCUGCAAAGAGAGCGUUUAUGAAACAGACAAAAAAUAAUCAAAACGCUUUGAGAAUUUCUUCAUAUUGCAAGCCUAAUAAUUUCAUUGUCUGUUUCCGGCAUGCAAAAUUGUUUUGUAUUUAUUAUCGCCUUCUUCAUAUGGAUUGGAAUAUUCAUUGGAAUUGUUAUUUAAGGAUAUCUCAAAUUCAAAAACGUUUGCCUAAUUUGAAUGAUUCUAAUGUUAUAAAUGCUAUUGAUCCUCAAAUUUUUAUGUAUAUUUCAAAGGAAUAUUUUUCUUUAUUUAAAAUGCUAGAUGAACGCUUAUAUGAUGGAAGUGAUGGAAACAAAAAAAGUUUUAGUUACGGAGUUACGGACUCGUUACUUGAAGGCUUUUAUAGCUGGGACAAAUUUAAUGAUUAUAUUAAGGAUAUGGGAAUAUUGAAAAGAAUGGAAGAAGAAAAAUAGUAAUAUCUUUUUAUAUAUUAAAAAUUUUAGACAUCUUUUAUUUAUAUGUUAACACAUCAAUUUAACCAACAACCAAAAAUUUUCUCCACACCGGGGUUCGAACCUCCGACCCUAUAAUUAGUUGAUUUAAAUAUCUUUCCAGUACACCAAACUAUUCUAGGGUGGGUAGUUAGCGGAUUAGACCUCCGACCUUGUGGGUAUUUUAUCAGAAAAUUUUCCCACUACACCAAAGUAUUUUUCUUGGAUGGUUAAGUGGUUUAAAUUGCUGUGUAAACAUG